AGCAGUUUGGAGAAGGAGAGAGAGAGGGAUGUAGAGAGACGCCUGGAGAGUGAGAGAAGGAGAGAUGGAAACGAAGCUCCACGGUCUAAUCUGCCAGUCAACCAAUCAGACACCAAGAGUCCUGCCUCUGACCAAUCACUGCGAAGGAGAUGCACCAGUAAACCAAGGAGGCCUGCAGGGAAUCUAGACCAAUCAAAGCCGGCGGCUACUCCUACAGCUAGUCCUGGUCAUCACCUUGUAAACCAAUCAGAGCCUGCCGUCAUGCCGACUCUUCACCCCCUUGACCAAUCAGACCCUGCAGCUACUUUUGGCUAUCACCCAUCAGACCAAUCGGAGCAUGCGCUAAUGCCGACUCUUCACCCUGUCGACCAAUCAGACCCUUCAGCUCAUCACGAGGUCACCGCCUCCAGCCAAUCAAACGGUCCUUCAGGUGAAGAGCCUGUCCAAUCGGAGGGCAUGGUGUGUGGCAGCAACCAAUGGGAGAGCUCGUGCACGCUGGUGGAGGGGCUGCUGUUUCCGCUGGAGUACUACGUCAGGACCACUCGCCGCAUGGCCAGCUCUCAAAGCCCAUUGGACCUCCAGGCUGUCAUUCUCAGCCAGCUGAGCCGGGGGCGGGGCAAACGCAGAGCCAGCCAAUCACGGCCUUCGGUGACGCCCUUUGGGGGUUGUGGCGCCGUCGCCUCUGAGGAUUCCUACGUGCAGAUGGACUCUGAGCCAAUCAGAGUUGAGGAUUCUUCUCUGCACCUGGACUCUAAGCCAAUGGGAGCGGAGGUGUCCUCCUUGCAGACGGCGUCUAGACCAAUCAGAGCUCGGAGGCGUCGCCGAGGGGCGGGCUGGGCGAGGAAGCCGAGGCAGAGUCGAAUCCCGAGCCCGUCGUGGACCAAUGAGGAUGCAGCGUCAGACACAGAGUCCCGUCCACAAACCCACUCAGAGCCAAUCAAAGGUGAUGAUGACCACCUAGCGACACGCCCACUAACGCACUCGGAGCCAAUCAAAGGUGAUGACCACAUAGAGACACGCCCACUAACGCACUCGGAGCCAAUCAAAGGUGAUGACCACCUGGCGACACGCCCACCAAUAAUCUCCGGGCCAGUCACAGCUGAUGGCCGCAUGGAGACACACCCCCUUGUCAACGUCGCCGUGGAAACUAAGCCACUCCCACCGGAGAGGCUCCUCCUACUGCCGGAGGUUUAUCCAAUCUUCAGAAGGGGGUGUGGCCAGAAGAGGAAGCGUACACAGAUGGAGAAGGAAGUUUCUCCGCUGCUGCCCUCGUUGAGCUCACUCACCCAGGCGCUGAAAGCAGAGGAUCAUGGGAGCCUGCGGAGUCUCCUCCUGACCUUUGACCUGCAGGACUUCCAUCUCCCCGACGACGAGUUCGGCCAGCUCAAGCUGCAGAAGCUCCGCCCCCUGGUGAUGGGGGUGGAGCCAUACUCGCCCCCGUCCUCCGGGCUCACCACUCGCCGUAGCAACAGGCGCCAUAGCAACAGGGCUGCAGCAAACACAACCCCUAGCAACAGCCAGCGGUCUAAGAGGUCUCUCUUGGAACCUCAAUCUGAGCACAUUGAUUGGCUGAGCCCAGACCCCCUACUGCUAAGCCCCACCCCGACAGGAAGUGAGGUGCUUGGCCCACCACAGCUCAGCAGCCAAUCAGAUGGAAGGGCUGAUGAGCCCGACCAAUCACAAGCACAGAAAGAAAUGAAGCCAAUCACAGGCUUAACAGACACCAAGGACCAAUCAGAGACAAGGUCAGGCACUGCAGACCAAUCAGACUCAACUGAGCAGGCUGAUGACCAAUUGCGGCAAAGAUGGACUAUUGACCAAUCAGAGAGGCAGGGAGACUCCACUACUGACCAAUCAGAGAGGCAGGGAGACUCCACUAUUGACCAAUCAGAGAGGCAGGGAGAAAGCUUAGCUGGAAGCAGGCUAGCAUCGACAGAUGUAGCAUCACACACGGACACGCACAGCACUGUAGAGACUAACACACACACAGACACAGACACACACACCGCUUCAGAUGCAGACACAGUCACACACACACACACAGACACACACAUACUGGCAGACACACACACGGACACACUAACAGACUUGUGCCAACUCAAGGACUCAAACACACUAUCGGACACACCCACACACACACACGCUGUGACAGGCACAGCCCAGUCUGGAGCGGAGCACACACACACUCACACUCACGCACACACACACUCCCUACUAAAACCUCAGCCUGUCACUGACCUCACACACCCAGAGGGGUCACGACCCUGA